AUGUUUUCUUCAACCGAUAAUCCCUUUGACUCGUGGUCGUUUACGUAUGAUCAAAACCCUAUCUCCAGACAGGAUGACACUCAGUGUUUCAUAAAAUUCUCUUCACCAUUUCCAGACAACCAUGAAUUGCCUUUGAAUCAAAUAUUUUCACAAAAUCAGCCCAUGGGAGGGGCUAAUACUACAAAUUACAGGGAAGGAACAGAAGGUAAUAGUGAGCCCUGCAAGUCGAAUGAAAAUUCUGCUGACCAAGUUCAUCAUGAGGCUAUUACACCAGCGAGGAAGAGAAAUCUCGGUCCUACCCUUCGAAAGAGAACCGGUAAGAAGGAUAGGCACAGCAAGAUUUGCACGGCGCAAGGAAUAAGAGACAGAAGAAUGAGACUUUCAGUCCAGAUUGCUAGAAAAUUUUUUGAUCUACAAGACAUGUUAGGCUACGAUAAAGCGAGCAAAACCAUUGAUUGGCUAUUCGCUAAAUCGAAGAAGGCAAUCAAGGAGCUGACCAAAAACCAUCCGGAUCAAGAAAAGUUCAGUUCCAGCAUUGAUAAUGUAAAGAGUGAGUCUUUUGUCUCAGAAUGUGAAGUAGCAUCAGUAAUAGAGGAGAAUUCCAACAAUGAAUUCAAAGGAGUUUCAGGAAAAAGUGUAAGUCCAGGUAAUCCACAUGAGAAAGAUGGCAGAAACUAUGAUUACAAAGUAGUUCGAAAAGUAAAACCUAAUACGAGGGAGUCCCGGGAUAAGGCAAGAGCAAAGGCAAGAGAGAAAACGAUGAUCAAACACCUUGAGAAUUUGAGCCAGUGGCAAAAAUCAAACCCUAAUGAAUUUCAAGAAUUAGGGUUUUCUAAGAGCCCUUUUGAAGCUUUUGAAGAAUCAAGUUCCGGUGAUCGGAAAAGGGAUUCUCCACAUUAUGUUGAUUUUCACUUAUUUGGGAAUCAAUUAGAUGAUGAUGACACAAUUGAGAAACUCCUAGGGGCUACGACAAGGUUGAAUUCUUGCCCUAUUUCUGAUUAUCAGUGCUAUGAUGCAGCUAUCUCAGGUUGCAUAGAUUCCAACAACAAUUUCAUGGGUUUUCUAGGAGAUUUCGAAAUGAACAAUGAUAUGUUCAAUUCCAAUUACCCUGAAUUGGAAAACAUGGUUUCCUUUGCAGGUAAUUCUACUACUUGCUUUACCUCAGAUUUUUUAUUUCAGCAAUAA